ACUCUUACAUAAUUGACCUCAAAUUGUGAGAUAUUUCUCAUAUGUCCUCUAGGAGUGUCACUUACAGAUGAUACAGCUGAGACAGGAACGGGACCAUCUGCUCUAGCUGUCAGUAAAUUAACUAGUUCACUUCCUCCAUCAAAUCACGAAAUUAAUGCUGCCAAAGCGUCGCAUGGAGUACAUGAGAUGAUGAACAAAGCGAAGGCAUCGGGUGGUGCUGAACGAAUUGAUGCACCAUCAAAAGCAUUGGUUGCAACUGGAGAAAGCAAGACGCCAUUUUCUCAAGGCAUUGUUCCUAGGAAGGCUCAAACAAUGCCCAAACCGGAAUGGCAUGCACCAUGGAAAUUAAUGAGGGUAAUCAGUGGUCAUACUGGUUGGGUCAGGUGUGUCGCCGUGGAACCAGGCAACAAAUGGUUCUGUACCGGGUCUGCGGAUAGGACUAUAAAGAUCUGGGAUUUAGCAACUGGAAAAUUGAAGCUAUCAUUGACAGGUCAUGUCAGUACAGUUCGGGGGCUUGUCGUUAGUCCACGGCAUCCUUAUUUGUUUUCCUGCGGUGAAGACAAGCAAGUCAAGUGCUGGGAUCUUGAAUACAACAAGGUUAUACGUCAUUAUCACGGUCAUCUCAGUGCUUGCUACUGUAUUGGACUGCACCCCGCCAUCGAUGUUCUCUGCACCGGAGGGCGAGAUGCAACAGUUCGGGUUGGUGACAUGUUCAUUAUCAUCAAUGCUCAUCUUAAGCAUUUAAUCAGUGCAGAAUUUUUAACUUCAAAAACGUUCAAAGCUUGAAAUUUAUUGCAAUAUAGCAAUUUCUUAAUAAGGUCCUGUAUCAUACAGCAUCGUACAGGUAGCAUUCGUGUUUUCGAUUAUUCGUCAGCUUUUGAAAUUUGAUAGGUUAUUUUAUACCUUUGAUAGCAAUCAACGAUGCUUUUUAUUUACCAUGCCUAUCAGGGGUGAAAAAUAUUCUUUCCUGCAGCCACUUCUAUAUUAAUUGCCUUUUGUAGAUAAUGUUUAGGCUUUCGAGACAUUAUUUAAACUUCAUUCUUGUCUUGGCCUAUUUCGAUCCACAACUGGGUAUAUAUAUUUCCUAGCGUAGAGUUUUCGGUCUAUGUUUUGACGUUUUAAACUCUGAA